CUAAAAUUUAUUAUUGAUUGGAAAAUUGUUUUUUGCUCUGGAUACGGACGUAGUGAUGGUACCCGCCGGCGAGGGAUCAAGUGUUGCAGGCCCUUCUUCUAAGAUACCCAAACGUUUCGAGAUCAAAAAGUGGAACGCUGUUGCUCUUUGGGCUUGGGAUAUUGUCGUCGAUAAUUGUGCAAUUUGUCGUAAUCAUAUUAUGGAUCUUUGUAUUGAAUGUCAAGCUAAUCAAGCUAGUGCUACAAGUGAAGAUUGCACUGUUGCUUGGGGUGUUUGCAAUCAUGCCUUCCAUUUCCAUUGCAUCUGCCGUUGGUUGUUAACUCGACUAGUCUGUCCAUUAGAUAAUAGCGAGUGGGAGUUUCAGAAAUAUGGUCAUUAGAAUCGAUUAUGGUGGUGUAUCGACUGUUCUUCAACACAGUCGAGGAUGGUUGAUGGAGAUUUUGUAAAAUUCAUUUCGAGUUUCUGUCAUUUAUGGCAUUAAAUUUUUUGAUGGGCUUAUUUUUUCGGGCAAUGGCUAAUACCUAUGCGAAAAGUUUUCGGUAAGAUCUGUAUUCUGCUUGACCGUAAAUCCGAAUGUCGACCAUCGCCCAGUUCGCUUUAGAAUGCUAUUGCAUUCCAUUCAUUUCAAGGGAUCAGGUUCAACGAAAAUGUCGAUAAUCGAAUGCUUGUAUAAGGAUCAUGGAUGGUUGGCAACAAAAAAAGACGAAUUUUCUUCCCUUUCCAACAUCGUUCGCAUCUGUUAUGGCCUUUUAACAACUUGCUACUCAUUGUAAAUAUCUAGUUUUGGUUUCAUAUUUUGGAUUCAGAAUCAGUUAGGAAAAAUCAGUUCAUCAUCAUCAUUGUAUCCAGUGUAUCCGCUCAUAGAACAGUAAAAAUCAGUUAUAAUCUGUAAAAAUUAGAUCAAAAAAAAUCAGUUUAAUCAGUAAAAAUCAAUUAAAUUUGUAAAAAUCAGUUGAACUAAAAGGUCCAUCAUUUUUUUAUUGUAUGUUUUGCUAAUCCAAUAGAGUAUGCUUGGUUGGGUGUAAAUAUUUAAAAGGGAAAAUAAAGACAAACUAAUGAAUUAAGAGCAAAUUCUAGGAUUGGGUGUAAAUGUUUUGUUAAUCUUAGGAUAAAUAUUUACCCCACAAAAUUAAGAGUUUCCAUCAUUUGUUAUUAUUUUGCAAUUAUUCUUCUACCUCUAUAACUCACUAAUUUCUCAUUUAUCAACUUGAUUUUCUUGCAUUAAUUUUUUUUUACUCUUUUAAAUAUUUACACAAAAUCCAAGCAUGUGCUAAAUAUUGUUUUUCUCCCUUCGCCAUGUCAUUCUUCACCACCUACUCUU